GGUCCGGACGUCAACGCCAGAGCGUCCAAAACACAACAAGAGGCUCUCGCGCAGUUCCCAAAGCUCUGCCCGUCUAUUAGCCUUGUCAGCUUGCCUGCAGGACUAUUUCAUGGCUCAGAUCCCUCCCUCCCGCCAUAGAUGGAGACGAUGACUGACAUAGGCGACUCAAACUCCUGACCGCGGCAUGAAUUGGUGUCAGAUGUAUCGUUCACGGGGAUGUUUCCAAGGUGUCUUUCGAGUAUUGUGUCAUGGCGCUCUGUGGCCAUUUUAGCAGUCAUUGCAAGUUUGUUGCAGGUGACCAAUGUCGUUCUCACACGGCAGCUCAAGCAGAAGCAGUUGGCUGCAGCAGGAGCAGCAGCUGGGGAGGCGAACUCAGGCUCCGGAUUGAAGGCUGGGCUCAAGGGUCAGCAUUCUGUGUUCCGCAGGCGGAACUAUCAUCUUGGGCAGAAGUUUUCAGAUGACCACCAGGCAAUAUUAGCUCAAAUUGCUCACUGGAGUGUCCUAGAUGGUUCUGGGGAGUUCCGAGUAUCGGUUGGUGUCCUACGAGGAUCUGGGGCAGAAGUCAGCCAAGACGAGAGAUUAAAUGGUAGAGAUGAGGACACUGCACCAAGCACUCAUGGUUUGACCCUGGUUACCCAGUGCUCUCUUGCUCGACUUCACCGCCUACCUCCACUGGCAAAACAUUGGCAGGGUCCAAUCUCUAUUGCUGUAUUUGCAUUGAGUGGAGAGGUGCAGGCUGUUGUCCAAACGUUCCAUUUGUUACGGAAAUGUUAUCCAGAUAUUAAGGAGAAUGUUACAUUUAGUCUUAUCUUUCCUCUGAACUCCCCCACAUCUCCGCAUCUCACUCCCACCGCAGACACUACUCCUUGCGAUAAAAUAUUCUCCGAAAUUCAGCAAGCCAAUUAUGACUUCAAGGGAGUGCAGUACCCAAACAACUUGCUGAGAAAUGUUGCUCGUAAAGCUACUAGCACACCUCUGAUGAUGGUAAUUGAUAUUGAUAUGACUCCAAGUCUGGGUCUCCAUGACUCAUUCAUAUCAUAUGCUAAGGAGAAAGGCUUAUUUGGAGAAAAUUCUGGUGAGGAGAAGACAGUGUGGGUUGUGCCAGCCUAUGAGAUCAAGGAAAAUGUGGAGAUACCAAAAACAAAGCAGGAUCUGCUAAAAAUGAAGGAAAAUGGUAUUGCUAGACCAUUUUACCAAGAGCUAUGUUUGAAGUGUCAGCGAUACACUGACUAUGCAGCUUGGGAGAAGAAUAAAGAAGUGAAGGAGGGUCACAUAGAGCCACUUUAUGAGGUACUCUGGCAAGAUCCCUGGGAACCUUUUUACAUUGCCAAAACCAGCAUUCCACCCUACGAUGAAAGAUUCAGGCAGUACGGCUUUAAUAGAAUUAGUCAGGUGUGUGAGCUGCAUGUGGCUGGAUACCGGUUCUUGGUACUAAAUUCAGCUUUUGUGGUGCAUGAGGGUUUCAAGAGCACAGACGGCUUCCAUAGUACCAAGGACAUGGAGCAGGAGAAAAACCGCAUUCUUUUCCGACAGUUUAAAGGGGAGCUGAAAGAAAGGUACCCAGAGUCCUCCAGAAGGUGCUAUUAAGUAGUCAGGUUAGAUUGACAUGGCCAGUUGAGUGUCAUUUAAGACGUUGAUACAUCAGUUGUGUGUGUUGGUUAAGGUGACCUGGAUAAGAAACCAUUUUAGAUAUUACAAAAAUGUUAUGAAACCUAAUUAUUUUGAGCUUUACAGGUCUUGUUUUAAACAGAUUCAAAUAAGACCUAAUAUGUAUUUUAUAUUGUGAUACUGUAGUCAAUAUACUGUGUAUAUAUAUAUAUAUAAAUUUGUGAAACAUGUUCUAUAUAUAUUGUAUAUAAUGCAAGGUCAUGAAAAUGUAAUUUUUCUUUGAUUCAUAUAUCUUUAAAUGUGUAUAACUUCAACCUUCAGCUAUCUAUAUCUUGAAUUUUUUUUGUAAGUUUGAUAGCUUUUGUCAAAUCUUUUACAGCCAUUUUGUAACCGCAUAUCCGCACUUAUUCUUCAGUACUUGAGCACUUUAAUUUAUAUAUUCUCUAAGUACUCGGUCGUCAAAAAUGUAAAAAUUAAUAUCCUGUAUAACAAACAAUGAGACUCCAUUCUAACAGUUUGCUGUUGCGGAUCUUUUGGUGGACCAGAUACUAGCCAAUCCUGUCAGGUACUCCGAUAAAGCUUAAGAAUACUGUACAGUGCUCUCUGACACCUGGAUCAUAUUGUUCCUGACUCAUUCCUUACAGUAGGUCUUUAUGUAUCAGGAAAAACAGCAUCAGUUUAAUCCUGUGCAAUUAACAGUUUAAGCUUAGUAAAUUGUUUAUAAAAUUUAAAUUAUUGUAUUAUACAUAGUACAUUAUUGUAUUUUACAUUGUCCCCUUCUGGACUAAUAUUUUUUUUUUUUAAUCAAAAUUUUGAAUGAAAAUCCAGUGGGCAAAUUUGAUCCAUCAUUUAAAAGGAUUCCUUACACUGUAUUAGUUCAGAUUUUCAAGGGAGUACUGUACAUAAAAAAAAUUUGUCGAGUGGUUUAGGUCGUACUAUGAAUUAUGAACUGCGUUGGGAAUGCAAUAUCAAAAAUUUAAGAUCUAGCAAAAUAUUACAAAUUUCUUCUCAAGUGGUUUUGGUAUCAAAAGUCCCUCAGUUGCUUUCAUAGUCGGUGCUUGAGGUCCACCCAAGGCUGCUCACAUUACCACGGUAAAUACGGAUGGAAAUAGGGUUAUUGAUUUAUGGAACAAAUUGCAGGGUAAUACACGAGAGGUUGAUGGAUCUUAUCAAGCAUAGGUCAGACAUUAUAUAUGUAUUAAUGAGUUUGGGUGAAUAUAAAUAGGAGCUUCCUUGUAUGGGCCAUUUAACUUUCUAUAGUUUCCUUAACUUUUAUUUGACAAGUAACUUUGCAAAUGAUUUUUGCCAUGUAUUUAGGGCAUAAAAAGAGUGGAAACUAUCUAAAGUUGUCUGACUGACUGCUCACUAUAAGACAAAAGAACAGAAUAGUCCAUUCAGAUGCAGACAAUAAUCUCAAUAACGUGGCUGAAGAUUACAUAUUCUACCAGCAAAUUUGAAAAUAAGUGGGUCUGUCCUGGACCAUUAUCAAGUUGUCUGUUGGAAGAAUAUAUGAAAGUCAAUUUAUGAGGUAAGAGUGUGAAAUGAUAGGUAAGUGUGUGAGAUGAAAAGUGAAACAAUGGUUGAAUAGGAGUAAGGUAAAAGUGUAGGAAUGGGUUUGAAAUAUGGACGAAAAAAAAUAGAAGUUUGGGAAUAAAGUAGAAAUAUAAAAAUAAGGUCAAUAUAUAAGAGAAAUAUAAAUGUAAAGGCGCACAGUUGAAGUAUAGGGAAAAAGAAACAGCAAAUGGCAGAGGGAAUGAGGUGAAAUAGACAAAGAGAUAGCAACAUUAAAGAAUGAAAAGAAAGAGAGCCUAGAGGGCCUAAAGCUAAGUCAGAUCACAUUUGUUAAGAAGGUUAGAGCAUUUAAGCAUGCACUGUGAAAGGGAAGAGUCGACAGCAACAAAGCCAGGACUAAGAUUCACGUUGGGCAUGUGGUGUAUCGGAGCCAAUUCGACAAUACAUUUGUGAAGAGUAGAAGCACAGAUUAUUUUAUAAAAUCAAUCUAUAGGAUGAUUAAAAGUCCUUAACAUGACAGAAGAGAGCAUUCAUUGUGUCUGCAGACUUAAUAUUGUACUUCUUUUAUGUUCCUUAAGUGUGUCAUUCGUUGUACGGACAGUUUCACUAAAGUAUUCGAGAGAACAAGAAGAACAGGAAAGAGAGUUAACACCAGCAGUAUUGGAAACAUGAGCAGCAGUAUGAACCAGAUUACUAUAGAUUGGUUUGCCGAAAGGCGAGUUUUAUAUUGACAAGACAAAGCAGUGUUUGUGUUGGAAACGGGUAUAGGAUGGAAAAUUUCUUAUAGCUUGAGAUACGAAGAGAGAUUUUAAAAUCAAGAAACUGAGGGCCACAGAUAUGUAGGGGCCCAGAGGAAGAGGGAAGGAAAGGAAAUCGUCAGGAGAAAGCACCAAGCCAUUAUGACUAUAUAGCACUUGGAAGGGAUCAGGAUAAUGAUUUCGGAUGAGGGGAAAGAGGAAAAGGAAGACAAGAACACUUUUCUUAACAGAAGGCAAAUGGUAGGAAAAGAAAUGAAUGUACCACUGUGCAUAUGCUUGCUGUAGACAGAGAAGCCAGACACAGCUCUGAACAUGUACAUCUAGGAAAGGAAGGAGGGAAUUCAAUUCCCAUCCAACUUUCAAAUUAAUAAGAGCCAGAUUAUUAAGAGGAAAAAAAAAAAGCUGGAAGAAGAGUAGUCGUGAGGCUGAAGAAUAAAAUUAUCAUCAACAUAGCAAUUGCAAAGAGAGAGGGAUGAGUAGGGAGAAGAACAGUUUCAAAGUACUCCAUAUUGAGAUUGGCAAGAACGGGAGAGAGAAGACAACUCAAGGUGAAACCGAGUGUUUGAGAGAAAUUUAGGAUAUAAAACUCGCCUUUCAACAAACUAACACUUUGUAGUAAUCUGGUUCACACUGCUGCUCCUGCUUUCAGUGUUGCUAGUGUUUACUCCAUUUCUUGCUCUCAUCUUCUCCAACACCUCAUUCUCUCUGCCAUUUCUUUUCCUAUACUUCAACUGCACUCCUUUACUCUUAUUUUUCUCUUAUACUUAAAUUUACCUUAUUCAUAUAUUUUUACUUUACUCCCUAACUUGACAUUUUUUUUGUCCAUAUUUCAAACCCAUUUCUAUAUUUUUACCUUAUUCCCAUUUAUCAACCUUCUCACAUUUCAUCUCACACUCUUGACUUAUAAACUGACUUUCUCUGCAUUUCUUUCCAUCCCUCCCCUCCAAUACAUGGCUUGAUAAUGGUCCAGGACGAAUAGAAAUGUCAUUUAUUUAUUUUCCAAAUUUGUGGGUUAAGUCUCUGAUCCAUUCGAUAACUCAGCGCACACAUACAACAAGAAAAGGUUACAACAUUUCUAGACAACUUGGCAAGGUCCAGGGCAGACCAAAACAUCAUCACUUUCUUUUCACACAUGUGAGUUGAGUUAUUAAUUUUCAUCUGUUAGUGUGACAUAUUCACUGCAAUCCACUCAACAUCCUUUGUAAGCAAUCCUAGUAAUCACUUGUACAGGAUGUCAAGUGGAUUGCUUUUUUUGUACAGAGUACAGGGAUUGGUCACUCACUAAUGGAUUGAGAUAAACUCUUCAUUCACUCACUCUCUUUCUGUCACAAUUGUAUGGUAAGACCAUUUGCAAAGUUACUUGUCACAACAGGCCCAGUACAGCCUAACUGUGACCCGGGUGGACCCAGACCCUAGCAGGGCAAGCAGCUAAGGAAAUCAACCUUAGAAAUAAGUUUUAUCAUAUGGUCCAAUAAGCUAAAAUAAUCAUGGCCCCCCAAAAAAAAUUAUAUCAUAAUUAUUGACGCAUAACUGGAGUAUAACUGGGGAGUUAUAACUGGAGUUCUUUUACUUCCUAAGUUAUCACAUGCUCGACUUGUGAUAACUUGGUCCAACAGGCUGUUUCUUGGAGCGGCCCGUAGGCCCACAUAUCCACUUCCAUCUGGUUGGUCCGGCACUUCUUGCAGGAAUGUGUCUGUCUCCUGAAGACACGCUUUUCCACUGCAAUGUAAUUUCAUAUAAAAUGGAUGAGAGAUACAUUCAAGUUGUGUUAAACUGUAUUCGUACACAGUUUCAACAAAUAUUAUUUAUUUAAAAUAUAAUUACUGUACAUAAAUAUGUGCAAGUAACUUACCUGGUGUAUCCCAAAACCUCCAAACAUAUACUGGUUUUCCCAGACAUUGAGGUUAACUUUAUGGAGAUAUUUAAUGUGUGUGAUAUCAAGACAAACUUCUCAUUUAUCCAUUAAGCUGAAGACUAAGACCUCAGUAGCAAUUAUUACUAUUACUGAAUAUAUUACCAAUAUACAAGACAUUCAGAUUACCAUUUUCUGAAGUGCACUAUGCAAUGUUUUUCAUACCAAAAAUAUUUGUUAACUUUAGGUUUUCAUGGUACAUGUUGAAUAUAAUUUAUGGAUUACUAUAUAAUAGCAAUAAUUUGUGUAUUAAAUAAAAGUUUAUAAUUCG